UCAGCAGAAGUCGCAGUGUGCACACUACAGAGGGCUCACACCACACCGAGUGAUCGUCUAUUAUAAUCCUCUGUCACGUCAAGCGUUAUCGCGUUUGAUGUCGGGACGAUGUUUCACUGUCGGAGGUCGAGCGUUUUCGCGGCGUCUUUACUGCGCGUCAACUUCACGGGACCGACUCAAGUUCACACGACCGGAGCCAUGACGCGCGCUUUGCGUAAUCACCGCGCGGCGUGCAGCUCUCAUGUUUACCGGAGGUUAACGGAGAGCAACGCAGCCGUGUUUCACCGCAGGGACGGUGCGUUGCGUCUUAUCGGACGCGAUAUUUCGUGCAGGUCUGAUGUUGCUACACGAGCGUUUGCUUUGAACGCGACACCGAUACGCGAGUACGGUGACUCGACGGACAGGAAUCGACGCGUCUAUAACGUGAAUGCACUUGAAUCUUUAACAUUUCUUCGCUCUUUUCCUCGCGUCACGGUUCAAGCGCGAAGCUCGUCCACGGCGCCCGAGAAAACGCGAGAGGAACGCGCCGCAGGUGUUGAAACGGGGUCCGGCUCUGAAAGCCCAGGUUCAGAUGAAAAGCCCAGCAAGGCCCAGCAGCUUAAGAAAGUCUUUAAGGAAUAUGGAGCGGUUGGCGUCUCAUUCCACAUUGGAAUCUCACUCAUGUCUCUGGGAAUAAUUUACCUUGCUGUGUCCAGCGGGCUUGAUAUGACCUCUGUGUUGUAUAAGGUGGGCUUCAGUGAGUCUGUGGUUCAGUCAAGGAUGGCCGCUGGCACCAGUACGUUUGUUUUAGCGUACGCCGUCCACAAACUGUUUGCACCGCUUCGCAUCAGCAUCACGCUGGUGUCUGUACCGCUGAUAGUUCGACACCUGAGGAGGACAGGACUCUUUAAACCAAAAACAUCACGUCCACACAACUGAAGACGACUCUUAUGAAUCUUCAUGCUUCUCACGUGUGGUUUUUAGGUCAGACUACUGAAAUGCACUAUGUAGUGUACUACAGACACAUUCAUAAGCUAAUCAGUAAGAAUAAAUGUUCAUUAUUUGAAACAUUAGAUUGACUCUCACUACAUUCAUUUGUCAGCCGUACAGAUACCUCAAAUUCUCUACAAUCAUUUGGAUAAUAAUAAAAGGUAUAGGUGAUAUUUUACUAUAGUAAUCUAUAGGAUGUGUUUGCUUGAUCCUUUUUUGCUAAGCUAUGUAUACAUAUAGAUACAGAUAGACGUGUAUAUACACACACACACACACACCUGUUUACAUGAAUAACUGUUGCAGGGAAAUAUCAGAAUGAAAUAUUGAGAUGUGCCUCAUCUGUUUGGACUUUUUGCGUUGAUAAUUGUCAAAUCUUUUAAAGAAUGAUUUGAAUCUUUAUAGUCCUCAUAUAGAGAAGUAUGUUGAAAUAUUGAAUUAAUGAACUGUGAUAUUUUGUAAAUGUGAAUUAAAGAGUUUAAAUAAAGAGUUUGGAUGUGUUUGUCUUACUCAAAGACUGUUGCUUUCUCACUAUUUAGCAGCAUUAUAUGGUAUUGACUAUUAUAAAAAUACUUCUUGUAAAUCUGUUUUAUUUGUCUAAUUAAGCAAUAAAUCAUUUGCCCUGUGA